AAGAUGCAAAAGGUUACGUGCCCCGCUCGCACAUCCCUCUCACAAAAUUUGAAAACAAGUGAAAAGCGUGAUUAUAAUUAAUAUAUCGUAUAAAAGCUCUUCAAAUCAUGUCCGAACAAGAAGUAAACUCAAAAGUGAGCCCUGUUAAAGAUGAAAAUCAAAAUAAAGACACUCCGACGAAAAGGACACCUUCGAAACGUAAGACGCAUAUUGAGCGGAUUCAAGAGGAAAGCAAAGAGUUACUAAAGAAUAUGGGAAUUGAGGAAAUACCAGAGACCCGCUCAACAAGACGAUCCACCAGGUCAAGUACAAAAGCUCAAACGCCAACACCAGUAACACCUCCAACGCCCAAACGUCAGCCUGCAACACCAAGCUCAUCACGACGAGGAGGAAGAAAAAAGAAAAUAGACGAAGAGGAGCAAAUUGAAGCCGAAGUGGUUGAGAAUGAAGUGGUUUUUGAAAAAAUUUCACCGCCAAGGAAACGUCAAAGACUUUCUGAAACAGUAAAUGAUGAAGUUGAAGAAGCAGUCACGGAAAGUCAAUCUGAGUCGAAAAUUGAUAAAGUUGAUGGUCAAGAGGAGAAUGGUUCAGUCGAUAAGAUGGAAGUUGACGAGCAAGUCGCUCAAGAAGAUGUUCAAAAGCCAGUGGAAGUUCAAUCUGAACAAGAAAAGAAAGUAAUUGAAACAAUUCCAGAGAAAUCAUCACAAGAAUCCGAAGUGAGUGAAGUAAAAUCAGAUUCGAUUCCUGAAGAGAGUUCAAAUGCUUCAGCAGAGCCCACAAAGAGUGAAGAAUCAGCAAACUCCAGUGCGAAGCCUGAUGUAGUAUCGAAACCGAUUGAAAUUUCAACACCUUCUUCAGGAAGAGUCGAGGCUAUGGAAGUCGAUUCAACUAAGUCAACUUCUGAACCUGCUCGUGAGGAACCAAGUGCGAGUGUUAGCGAAGUACAAGAAAGUCUGCCGGAAAUUGUAGUCAGUGAACCUGAACCAGAAGUCAUCGAAGUCAAAGGAGAAUCGAAAAAAGUUGUUGAAGAUCAGAUAACUUCGACAAGUGAAAAAGUCGAGUCUUCACCUCAAACAGUUUCGGAAGAACCUAACAAUUCAAACGUGAGUAUUGAGGCUGCCGAAAAGAAGUCAGAAGGCGAAACAGGAGAGAACGGUAAGGAGCCAACUCAAGUGUUUGAAAUUUCAUCAGAGCACAGCACACCAGCAACUGACUCUGUACUACCAGCUGUUGCAGAUCGUGUAGAAACCGAGUCUGCUGAAGUUUUGCCAAAAGAAUCCAGCACGGAACAAUCGAAAAUUGAGACAACUCAAGAUGAACCUAUUUCUGCUCCGAUCGAAAGCGAAACAGCUCAGUAAUCAGCUAAUAAUAAUGUUGAUAGUCUUUCUUGAUUUUCUUUUAUUUACGAUUCAUAUCACUUCGACUUUUUACAUUUUUUUUUAAUAAUUUUUUGACAAAAGAAAUUCGCCAAACUAAAAUUAGAUAAGAAAAGAGAAAGGAUCAUUUCCUGAGUUCAGGUGGCAAAAGAUAAGUUUGGACAGUUUAAAAGAUGUCAAGAGAAACUGUCUUCAUCAUCAAUAUAUUUGCCAUAAAUUCAAAUUUCUAUUUCAAUAAAAAAUAUGUUGUAAAUAACAUAAACAGCUAAGCAAACUCCCCUCAUCAAUAAUUCAGAAAUGAUUCAAAAACUAAUAAAAGAAGAAAACAAUGAGUAGGUUUUAAGAACAAUUUGAAUGGAAUAAUUUUUCAUUUUUUUCAUUUUUUAUCGACGAUAUCUAAAAUAUUUUAAAUGACGUUUAGAAUUGUGUGUCUAAAAUAUUUUUUAGACGAGAGACAUUUGUACAAUUCACAAAGCCAGUUUACAGAGAAAAAGAGAAAUAGUUUUAUAAUUUAGGGGUUUGUUGUUACGAUCAUAGAUAAACAAAAAGAAUAUCUAAUAAGAAAAGAAUAAUUGAAAGAGAAAACUAGGUUGCUAUAAAAAGUCGUAAAGAAAAACAUAAAUUACAUCACGGUCAAAAAUGUAGGCGAUGAUAUUAGUCGUUCAUAGCUUUUUAAACGACUAAACUUUAAUACUUAUCGCUGAUAAUGAUGACGCAACAUGUGAAUGUUUCCUCAAUUAAUUCUGUAGAUAUUUCCUUUCCGGGACAUAAUUUCACAAUCAAAUCUGUAAAUUAGGUUCAUGAAUUUGAAAUUGAAAGAUUUAAAAAAUAAUAAAAAGUGGUGAAAAAAACUACAA